AUGGCCGAAAAGCCGCUUAGCCCAGAGCUGCACGCCGAUGCAGAGCUCGUCUACAACUAUCACCACAUGAACAUGCCGCCAGCCCCGGCCGAUGCCAUCUUCUGUCUCUGCAGCCUGGACACUCGUGUGGCCGUCCGCAGCGCCCAGCUCUACCUGGAUGGCAUGGCACCGUUGCUGAUAUUUGCCGGUGGUUCGGGUCGAUUGACACGCGAACGCUUCAAUGAAGCAGAAGCCACCAAGUUUGCCAACAUUGCCAAAGAGAUGGGUGUCCCUGAUGAAGCCAUCUUGACCGAAACCAGAUCCACCAAUACGGGCGAAAACGUGACGCUCACCCAUCAGCUGCUUGUGAAUCGAGGCAAAGGAUUACCCAAGUCCUUUAUCCUGGUGCAGAAGCCGUACAUGGAACGACGAACCUACGCAACGUUUAUGAAGCAGUGGCCAGAGAAGGAUACCAAGAUCAGCGUCACAUCACCACAAUUUUCAUUUGACGACUACCCCAACGAGGAAAACCCGCAAGACUUGGUCAUCAAUGUCAUGUUAGGUGAUUUGAUUCGAAUUCGAGACUAUGCGGAACGGGGGUUCCAGAUCCCUCAAGAGAUCCCUGACCAAGUAUGGGCAGCUAAGGAUAGGUUGGUUGCCGCUGGGUAUGCAGCAAACGACUAA